AUGGCACAAAUUAAAGGGAAGUUGUCAGUUGUCUACCCCAAUCCUUCCCUCCUGUGCUCCGAUAAGCUUGUCAGUGAGGAAAAAAAGCAAGUAAGUAAGGAAGAGCCCAAGAUCAAAGAGCCUGAUGAUGUCUUCCUUCCUCCUGUGGCAGAAGUGGCUUUUCAGGCUGGCAAAGCACGAGUGGAGCAUCCUGAAGGAUUUACAGAAAUCCAGCUUGAUGAUGGAGCAGAGGACAGAACUGUGAAUGAUGUGCGAGACGCUCCCUCGAGUGCUUCAGCCUUGGCAAAUAAAGGAUCUUCAGUGGUGGCUUCAGGGCCUGCAGCAGCAGAAGAGCCCCAAGCCCCUCCAUUACGUGGGGAGUGUGGGGAGGAUAUUGAGAAGAGUGAGAAAAACAGGCUGGGUCCAACCGAGAGGCUCUGCCCUGCGGAGGCUCUUGCCAGUCACUCGGGGAGCUGCGAUGUGUCGGCCAGCACCUCUCAUUCCACUGCUGCUGCCUCAAGAGUGGAUUUUGUACAAGACAAAGGAGCUGAGAGCAUCCGAGAUGUUAAAAGACCUCUUGUCCCUUCUUUGGAGCAGCUUCCUUUUAACAUAUCCCAGUCCUGUGAGAAUUCCAAAGUGCGUGUGCAGCGUCCCAGGCUGAAAGCCAUUUAUCCAGACUUGUCAACUGAAUUGUCUUACGAGAGACCCACCGUGGUAGCCAUCAAACCGCUGCUGCACAACGAAAAGCUGUACCCAGAAAUCCCGACUGAGCCAGAGCUGGUGCCGUUCACCAGAGAGCAGCUGAAGAUUUUUGAGCCGUGCUCAUGGCUGGAGAAUGUUGACUCCUACACGGAAGAAUUUGAGAGUGUUGCUCAUCAGGACAGGCACGAGUUCCACGAGCUGCUCCUGAACUACAUGCGCUGUCGCAAGCAGCUGCUGCUGGCUGAGGCUGAGCUGCAGGCCAUGACCACAGACUGCCAAAACGCCAAGGGGAGACUGUGGACGUUUAAAGAGGAGCAGAAAACUGUGCAGGGUGUCUGUGCAGACCAGUGCAAAGUGUCAGGUCACCAUCGCUAUCAGACGGUGGAGAUGAAUGAGAGCGUGUUGGGGGAACUGAGAAAGCUCUUUGAAGCCAAAGCAGAGCACGUGCACCAGACCCUGGCGCUCCACUUGUACACCUCGGUGCUGUCCCGCUUGCAGGUGGAGUCUUACAUCUACAGGCUGCUCCACAGCUCAUCCCUGCUGAGAUCUGCGGCUCUUCAGCAGCAAGAACAAGUUUCAAAGCAAUCAGAAAAUCUUUCUUCAGACUUGAGCCACUUGAAAGAAUGUGUCAGCGUCCUGUUCAGCUUCACUCGCAGAGUUAUCGAAGACCCUCAGUUUCAAAGCGACCUGCUCGGCUGGCUGCGGAGACUGGUGGCAGUGUUACAGAGAAUUGGCUGUCCAGGGGACCAUCUCUUCCUCUUGAACCACAUCCUCCGGUGCCCAGCUGGGAUCAGUGAAUGGGCCGUUCCUUUCAUUCAGAUCAAGGUCUUGGAUAACCCAUCAGGUGUCUUUCAUUUCAUGCAGUCUCUUGCCUUGCUUAUGUCUCCUAUCAAAAAUCGGGGGGACUUCAUGUGCCAUAUGAAACCUAAUGAAAGAAAGACUUCCUCUUCAUCUGGAAAAGAAUCGGGAAACUGGACACUAGUAGAUGAAGGAGGAGAGGAGGAUGAAGAUCCUGAAACAAGCUGGAUUCUGCUUUUGGAAGAUGAUUUGAUUGUCCUAUUGUCACAGUUUCCUUUUCGUGAACUGUUUCAGCAGUUCCUUGGGAUCAAGUCUGGAGGUUCAUAUUUUCCUGAAAAAACAACUCCCCACGAAAUGAUGAAGAUUUUUGCUUUUGCAAACUCCUUAAUAGAACUUCUGUCUGUAGGGCUGGAAACAUUUAACAGAGCCCGUUACAGGCAGUUUGUGAAACGAAUUGGUCGGUUGAUCAAGAUGACACUUUGUCAUGUGAGUGACCACUGGGCCCAAUACAUUAGCUGCAAUAAACAGUGUGGAUCAAUAGGACAUCCCUACUCCAUGGAGAAAUUGCAACUAGAGUUUGAUGAGCUGUUUUUUAGAGCUGUUCUGCAUGUUCUGAAGGCCAAAAGGUUGGGAGUCUGGUUGUUCAUGUCCCAGAUGCCUUAUGGAACUUUAUCCAGCAAUAUGCUUUGGAAGCUCUUCUUCGUCAUGCACUGCGCGGAGAGCGAGCACCUGGAAAAGCUCUGCUCUAACUUGCAGCCUGGUGAUUGCAAGCAGAGACUCAGAGAUCCGAAGCACCUAGAAAGUUUUGGAAAGUAUUUGAAGUCAAUGAACUGCUCAGAAGAAAUUUGUCUGAUCACCACAUUAGCUCAGAUGGCACAGACCAAACGGGCUGAUGUGGAUGAGGAUUUUAUCAGAAUGAUUGUUCUGGAGAUAUAUGAGGUGUCCUACGUUAGUCUCUCCACGAGAGAGACAUUUUCAAAAGUUGGUCGGGAACUCCUGGGGGCCAUUGCCAGCACGCAUACACAGAUUAUUUCUGUACUGCUGAAUCGAGUUAGAGGCACCAUUGAAAAGGUUGGGAUGGUUUCUUUGUAUCUGUUCAAAGAACUGCCACUGCACCUAUGGAAGCCUUCUUCAGCUGAGAUAGCGCUGAUUCGUGACUGGCUGUUAAACAACAAUCUAACCACCGUGGAGAAUAAGCUAGCCUGCAUCAUCCUGGAAGGCUUAAACUGGGGAUUUGGGGAACAUGAGGAUGCUCUUCAUCUGGAUCCAGCUGUCCAUUCAGAAGUUGCAUUGCUGGUGCUGGAAGCAUAUCAGAAAUAUCUCCCCCAGAAACCAUAUGCUGGGUUGCUCUCUGAAAGCAUAAAACAGGUCUCCUACUUGGCCAGCGUUGUUCGUUACGGAGAAACGCCCGAGACCUCCUUCAACCAGUGGGCCUGGAGCUUGGUUUUGAGGCUGAAGCUCCACAGGAACGACCGCGGCCUGCGGCAGGGCUGCAUUGAGAAGUUCUGUGCUGAAGGGAUCUCUCUUUUGGGUGUACUUGUCCAGUCCAGAUACCUGAGAACAGUAGUCCAUGUGCUGGAUAAAAUUUUACCCCUGUUUUACUCUUGCCAGUAUUACCUCCUGAAGAAUGAACAGUUUUUAUCAUAUAUCCAGCUGUUCCUGCAGCUGGAUAGUGGAGUUCCUCAAGGCGUGACCCAGCAGGUUACCCACAAGGUAACACAGCACUUGACAGGAGUGAACUAUGGAGAAAACGUCAAGCUGCUCAGUAGUAUGAUGCAAACUCACAUUUUUCUGAGCAACCAGCCGGACGGCGUGGGAUCAGCAGCAGUGCUGGAGUUCUGGGCCGAGCUCCUCACCAGCCAGCAGCUGUGGCACAGGGACAGGGCAACGCUUUUCUUGCUGGAUCACUUAUGCAAAGCUGCUUUUCAGUACAGGCAAGAAGACACUGUGCAAAAGCUGCUCUACCAACAGCACAAGAAUGCUCUAGGCUACCACUGUGACAAAGGUCUGCUGUCCUCACUCGUUAGCUGGAUUGUGGCAGGCAAUGUGACACCUUCCUUCAUCGAGGGCAAUGCAAAUUCCUCUCAGGUCUGGUUUUCAUGGGUAGUAUUAAAUAUGGAGUCAAUAUUUGAAGAAGACUCACAGCUUCGCAGAGUUGUGGAGGGGGAGUUGGUGAUUAAUGCUUUAACUCCUGAUCAAGCUUUGAAGAAAGCCCAGGCCCAGCUGAAGUUGCCCAUCGUGCCUUCCCUCCAGAGGCUGAUGAUUUACCGCUGGGCUCACCAGGCCCUGGCUACUCCUGCUGAUCACCCUCUCAUGCCUCUAAUCUGGCAGAAAUUCUUCCUCCUUUACCUUCACCGGCCAGGACCACAGUACGGGUUACCGGUAGAUGGCUGCAUUGGAAGAAGGUUUUUCCAGAGUGCAGCUCAUUCUAACUUACUAAAUGAAAUGAAGCAGCGCUUGAUAGAGGUAGCAGACUUCCACCAUGCUGCCAGCAAAGCACUUAGGGUGGACAGCCCUGCAGAUGGCAGUGACAGAUCACCGGAGAAGGGAAGCAGCUCAGCAGAUUACCUGACGUCCCCAGAACUGCACAAGGAACUUGUCAGGCUUUGUAAUGUCUUUGUGUUGUGGUUAGAAGAAGAGAGCUUUCAGAAAGGAGACACAUACAUUCCCUCUUUACCGAAGCAGUACGAUGCACAUAGACUUGCCAAAAUCAUGCAGAAUCAACAGGAUUUGUGGAUGGAAUAUGUCAACAUUGAACUCAUCCAUCAUGAGUUUCAGGAAGCUCUAAACCUUUGGCUCCAGAUUCAGCUGGAAUCACAUACGGCCUCCAGUACUUCUGCAGGGCAAACAGAUUUCACCAACCCUGUAUCAGCCAAAGAGAGAAUAAUGAAUAAUUUGAUGAAGUUUGAUGUUCCCAAGCCCCCUCUGCCGCUCCAGCCUGUGAAAGCUCCUGUGCCAGUUAUUUCCCCUGCCAGUCUGUUAAGUCAGAAAGAAGCAAUCCAGCUUAUGCGCACGGACCUGAACCUCUUGCAGCAACAUGCCAAGACUGCGGCCGUGUGGGAAUCGCAGCACGUUGCCCUCAACAGCGAGAUCCUGGACACGAUUCCCAGGCUCUUCGUGAACCGGGAAGAGCAGAUCACCCUCCACGUGGAGUGCUGGGGCAGCUUGAAUAAAGGCUGCCAGGGAGCAGCUCAUCUAACAGUCCAGUUUGAAGGGAAGCACAAAAACGAAGCAGUGAGCCAGCAGCUUCAUGCUUUGCACAAAGAAGUGAGACAACUGCAAGCAGAAGCCACAAAGCCACCUUCUCUGGGUGUUGUGGAAGCAGCAGUACAUGUGGAAAACUUUAUAACGGCCUUAAUAAAUAUCUACAAGGUGCAGCCCCUGCCUGCAAUUCAGAAAGUGGGAAUUAGCUUGUUUUUUACAUUAGUGGAGUAUGUGUGUGAUGAAACUCAGCGCAACCCUCCCACGAGGCAGUUUUUCUCUUCCUGCAUUGAGAUUCUUGGCCAAGUGUUUAUCAGUGGGACCAAAUCGGAGUGCAAGCACCUCCUCCGGACAAUCCUGCAGAAUCGUAGGCUCUGUACUCUCCUCUCUCCUUACUUCACUCCUGUUGCCUCUCCCAGUGAGUUUGUGACUUUGUAUGAGAAAGUUGUGACCUUCCUGAGUGAGGAUAACAGUGACGUUGUCUUCAUGCUGCUGACAAAGUUUGACCUUACGCUGUGGUUAAGUGUUACCAGGCCACCUUUAUCUGAACGUACCAGGCUCCUGGAAUCCAUUCACUUGGCUCUCAGUGCAUGUGGCCUUGAACCCGAAGAAGAUAUUUUAAUGCCUUUUAAUAUCUUCUGCAAGCAUUGGACUAACCUUCUCCAAUAUCAGUUCCCUGAUCACUAUAAUGACUUCUUAAGAUUGUUCAUGCAAAGUUCUUCAGAGCAGCUUCUGAGCCCGGACUGCUGGAAGGCGUCGCUGGAGGCUCUGGGCUGUGGCUCCUCGGGGACUGAGCAGGGAAAUGUCAAGAGGAGCGAUUCUAGCAGGAGCCCAGUCUUGCACGAGGCCGCGGGAGCUCUGCUCUCUGCAGAGCAGAUCAGAGAGACAAUAGAAUGGCUUUCUGCCUCUUUCUGCAAACUCCGUCUGGCUUCAGUGGACUUCAGGACCUUCGGCCUGUUUUCCAAGUGGAGUCCUUACGUGGCUGAAGUGAACACGUUUCUCAAGUAUCUUGCUAAACGUCUCAUUGACGACGAAGUUGUCAGUUUAGCCCACGAGCCUAUUGGCAGUAACAGAAUUCUAGCAGCAUUGCAGUCCUUGUAUUCGGUCAUUGUUGGACUCUUUAAGCCAUGGAUACUGGUGUUAGAUAAGGAAGAUGCAAGUAACCAGCCCUGCUACCCUUGGUUAGAGAGUGACAGUGCUGUGGCUUCCUGCAUGGUCUGCUCGUUUACAGACUGUGUCAAGCUUUUGCACGAGAGCUUUAAAGACAAGCUGUUACGAGGCCAUCAUGGGGCUCUCUGGUUGCAUCUAAUGCAUUACUGUGAAAGUUGCACAGCCCCCAAAAUGCCAGAGUUUAUUCUGUAUCACUUGCAUACCGAAUUCAAAAAGCUUCCAUGGAAGGAAAUGCAUCCAGACCGGAUGCUUAUGGAAGAGUUCUUUAAA